AUACUGUACGUAACCUACACUCGAGAACACUCUAAAAUUUCUUCUCCAAUUAACGCUACGCUACCAACUUAAGACUACUUCUCACCCAUCUUCCUCUCUGAGAUUACCGCCGGAGCGAAAAUCCGAGAGGAAGAAAUGAUCGUGUGCGUUGCCGUCGUUGGCCAUCAGAACAAUCCUCUCUACAUACAGAGCUUCACUGACGCCGAUGAUGCUUUGAAACUCCACCAUAUCGUACAUUGCUCCCUCGAUGUCGUCGACGAACGAGUGAACAAUCCAAAAAAAUCAGGACCGACAUUGAAUGAGACCUUUCUGGGAUUACUUUAUCCUACUGAGAAUUAUAAAGUUUAUGGUUAUUUGACCAACACAAAGGUGAAGUUCAUUUUAGUGACUACGGAUUUAGACGUUAGAGAUGCCGAUGUUAGAAAUUUUUUCAGGAGGUUCCAUGCUGCAUAUGUUGAUGCUGUCUCGAACCCAUUUCAUGUUCCGGGUAAAAAGAUUACAUCCAGGACUUUUGCAGAUAGAGUGAGCACCAUUGUCCAGUCAUUUGGUCUUAGUUCAGCUGUGUGAUUCUGGUUUGUGUUAAAGUCCCUUGAAUAGCUUUAAUUUAACUAGCAAGUUCUGUUAAUUUUUAUAUGCACCCUUUUCCUGCCUCACUUAGGAGUUUGAACAUACUUUAGUAUCAGUUCGAGAUUUUUUCCUUUCUUCAUUUUUAAAUAUCCUUGUUCUAUAUUUUGUCUUAUAGAAAUUAUUUUCUUCCGAUUCGUAUAAAA